GUGGAUGAAUCUGCCUUCGACAAGAAGCUGAUUCCCAUCGAGGAGGCAGACUGCGCGGACAAGAGCAUGGUCUGGAGCAAUGGGCAAACCAAGUCUCGUUCUCCGGGCCCGGGUCCAAUCGCCACAAGCGCAUGGAAAUCAAUCGCUCAGAAGUGGUUGAAGGACAAGAACGUUGUUCUCCACUCAGACAACAUGAAGGCGUACAAACUGAAAACUCCAGGGGUUGUCCAUGGAUCUGUCGUUCACAGGAAGAAGAAGAAGAAGCGGGUGAAAGCCGGAGGCAAGUGGGCUUGGCCGGCGACCACAUAUGUCAAGCUGAAGAAGAUCUUGCCCAGAAGAAGGUCCCUGAAGGUGAAGGUGGAAGGUGGACACCAAGGUGAUGGACAGGGCAUGGAGGUUCAAUAA